AUGAAGAUCACUUCCAUCCUUCCCAUUGCGUGCGCGGCUGCCGCCCAUGCGCACACAAUCUUCCAGCGCCUGUCUGUCAACGGCGUCGACCAGGGCCAGCUGACGGGCGUGCGUGCUCCUGACUCGAACAAUCCCAUCACUAGCGUCACUGGCGACAGCAUUGCCUGCAACACGGGCAUCCACUCGCCAGUCUCCCAGUCGGUCGUCACCAUCCCGGCCGGCGCCACGGUCGGCGCGUACUGGCAGCACCUGCUCGGCACAAACUCUGCCAACGACGCCGACAACCCUAUCGCUGCAAGCCACAAAGGACCCGUUCUUGUGUACCUCGCCAAGGUGGACAAUGCCGCCACAACCACUACCAGCGGCCUAAAGUGGUUCAAGAUUGCAGAGGACGGGCUCGACACCAGCAGCGGCACCUGGGGCGUCGAUCGCAUGAUUGCCAACGGUGGCUGGCAAUACUUCACCCUGCCCAGCUGCGUCGCGCCCGGCCAGUAUCUGAUGCGGGUCGAGAUCAUCGCUCUGCACUCGGCCUAUUCGACCGGCGGCGCCCAAUUCUACAUAUCUUGCGCCCAGAUCAACGUGUCCGGCAGCGGCACCAGCACGGGCACAUCGAGCGUCAGCUUCCCGGGAGCCUACAGCGCCACCGAUCCCGGCAUCCUCAUCAAUAUCUACGGCGCCUCCGGCCAGCCCGACAACGACAAGAAGCCGUAUACGAUCCCCGGUCCGGCCGUACUGGCCUGCUAG